AUGAACAACUCUCCUGCUCAAGUCAUUGCGAUGCGUCGAGGAAACCCAGUAGGCUUUCCCGGAAACAGCCACGACCACCCAUACAUCAUCGAUGGGCCGCAAAUCAACAACAGAUCCUCAAACAGCUUCCCCGGAAACAGUCACGACCACCCAUACAUCAUCGGCCAAACUCAUGUAUACUGUAUAGAUGCGACUUAUCCCGGAAGCCCUCGAUCACAUGUUUUGGAGGGAAACAAUCCGGCGCGCAAAGCGGUUAAGAAGGAAAAUAGGGAAGAUGAGAAACCGUUCUCUAGCGAUGGUGGAUUUGUUGUCUUUCAUCGCCUAUCAAGCCAGACGCCACCUCGUAACUUACCAGAGUUGGACAAGAAUCACAAGGCACCGGAAUCUAGCACCAAGGCUUAA